AUGUCCACCGAUCCUGCCGAGCCCUCCUCGGAAGGCGCACUGCAAAGCCAGCAAGGCUCCAACACCCAACCUCACACCAGCACAACCACCCAACAAGAACCCCCCACCGAUGCCGAAAUGAGCCUCCCCAACGAAGCCGACCUAGACGCCGAGUUUCAACCAACACAACCCUCCGACCCUACAACCGUGAACAACUCCUCCGACCCUCUUCCCGCGCCCUCAGCCUCCGCCGACCCAACAGCCCCCGCAAUCCACCCAGCCCACCCCGCCAUCAUCGAACCCCGCAUCCCGCAAAAGAAAGACGCGUCCCUCCGCGAAUUCCUCAACAAAAUGGACGACUACACCCCCCUCAUCCCCGACGCAGUUACAGACUACUACCUCACCGUCGCCGGGCUCGCGCCGCCACCCGAGACCGACCGUCGGCUGGCAAGGCUCCUCGCGCUCGCGACGCAGAAGUUCAUCGCGGAUGUCGCGGCGGACGCGUAUCAGUAUUCGCGGAUUAGGAGUACGAAUACCACGUCGAAUAACCCAUUGACGGGGUUGGGAGGCGCGGCGGGGUUUGGGAUGAAUAUGCCUGCUGGUGGGGAGGGAGGGGAAGGUGCGGCUGGGAAGGGGAAGAAGGAUGCUGGGAAGGCGGCGCCGUUGGGUGGACCGCGGGCGGGGUAUGGCGGUGGAGGUGCGGGAGGUGGUGGGCAGGGCAGGACGGUGUUGACGAUGGAGGAUCUGGGGAUGGCGGUGGGAGAGUAUGGUGUGAAUGUGAAGAGGGGGGAGUUCUAUCGGUAA